AUGACUUCUCCUGCUAUGAAACCGGUUUCUGCGACCGACGCUUCUCCCCAAAAACUAUCUCCUUCCGCUUUGCCGGCCACGAUACUUCCAGAAGUUUCUAUCGUAGAAGCGGAAAAGGAGGUCGGUGUGACCUUUACUCCAGAAUCAUGGGCUAUGGAUGUGCUAAGAAAAGAGAACAUUCGCUCGGUAUUGGACAUCGGCUGUGGCCCUGGUGCCCUUCUAGAGUUACUAGUCAAGCCUCCUUCUACGAUUAACGAACCACCUAUUCGACCUGUGCCUGUCAAAAACGAAUCACAGUUUCCCAGUCCAGAGAAUAGCGAAUACGAUGAAAGGGAUGAAGGACAAGAGCUGUUUCUCACUUUCUCCACAUCGCCACCACAGGUCAUGCUUCCAACCAGGAUCCCUGUUCUUGCGCCUGAUGCUGCACUUCCUCGCACAUCUCUCGAAUCCCGGCAGCGGGCGCUGCGAGCUCUUGCUCCUGAAGUGCCGGUCAAUGGCGUAUCACAAUCUCCUCCACGCUGGCAACCUCUCACCACUGAACUCUGGGCCGGGGAUAUAGAACGUUUCAAUUCCCAUCUUGAGGUAUUCGAGGCGAUCGUAGCUUUGGAAGUAAUCGAGCAUCUUCAACCGCAUACCUUGAGUCGGUUUGGGGUCGUUAUUCUUGGGACUUACCGACCGAAAGUUUUGUUGAUCAGUACACCCAACUUCGACUUCAAUGCCAAAUUUCCCCCGAAAGAUGGGACCACUCGUUCGGGAUUUGUGGAUCCUACUGGGAGGACGAACCGGGUAUUCAGACAUUCGGAUCAUAAGCUUGAGAUGACCGAUGCUGAAUUCCGAGAAUGGGCAGAGGCGUCUGCUUCUGACUGGGGAUACGACGUCGAGAUUUCCGGUGUGGGGGUAUCGUCUAAACCCUCUUACUACCCUGUUUCCGCUGACGAACCCUCAUCUGUCCGUCGUCCACUCUAUGCUACUCAAACGGCUGUUUUUCGUCUAGCAUCCGGCAUCCCAGCUCGAUCUCCCAGAUCGGUCCGAACUACCGAACUUCCCUUCAUGCCAACCUCCAGUGAUCCGACCCUUUAUCCUCACAAAUUAGUGGCUAGGUAUACCCAUCCUGCCGUUCUUCCAGCGGACCAGGUUCAUCGGGAAGAUCCACCGACCAUUAGGGAUAUAGUGAGAGAAAAGAUGGAAAAAUGGAAUGUCAGUGUUGUCACUCUCACCGAGUUGUGGGGGAAUACAGCGGUGUCUUUAGCUUCGGGAGGGAGCAAGCGUUGGCUUAUCACCUGUUUGGGAGGAUGGGGAGAUGUGCAAGGGUCAGGUGAAACUGGGUUCGAAGUGAGAAGGGAGAGAGGUAAGGGUUUUGUGGUGAUGUGGAAGAAUGUCAAGGGAGAUUGA